GAAGUUGAUGUGUCAUUGUUCGUUUCGUUGACUCUGGUGCUGGUCCUGCUCGCUCGCUCGGCCUCUGGUCGUCGCCAUGGUGCAGGUGAUGGAGUCGCAGUGCGAGUAUUUUAUGUACUUCCCGGCUGUGCCCAUCACGGACCUGUCGGACCCGGCCCGGUACCGGAGCCUACCCCGCCGGAGCCACCUCUACCUGGGCGAGACCGUCCGCUUCCUGCUGGUGCUGCGCUGCAGAGACGCGGGGGCGACACCGACCGAGCAGGGCCCCGGGGGCGCUGAUGGGGCAGCAGUAAACUUUGGGACAGAGUCGGCUGGUAGUCGAGCUUGGAGGGAGCUGGCAGGCUCUCUGUGUGCUGUGGCCAGCGUGAGUCCAGGUGAGAACAACCGCCAUCGAGGGAACUACCACCGGCAUCACGAUUACCAGAGCAGUGGGGACGAGGACGCAGAAGACGACUACAUCGCUGCUGCUGAGGCUGCCAUUGCGGCACUGGGCAGCAGGGUGGACUCGCGCUGUCGGAGCUUCAGGGACUGCAAACCUCUGAUGAUCCACAACUCAUCUGGGACGGCCUCCAGGGAGUUCCGCAGGGCACCUGUCCAGUCUCCUUUAGAUGAGCCAGUGGUCCUACCAGAUGAGGUGAUCUUCCCUCUCACCUUCUCUCUGGACAAACUUCCUGUCAACACCCUGAAGGUCAAGGUGAUGGUGACGGUGUGGAAGAAAGAAGCUGAGAAGGUGGAGGUCCAGGAGCUGGGCUACCUGAAUGUCCUGCAGCAGCGAGAGCCAUCACACACCUUCAGACAUGACCUGAACACCUUCAAAGCUCAGGUGAGCACCACGCUGACCGUGCUGCCGCCACCGACGCUGCGUUGUAAACAGAUGACGGUUUCUGGGAGACACCUCGCCAUUCUGAAAGUGCUGAAUGAAUCUUCUCAGGAGGAGGUGAACAUUCGAGGCAUUCGCAUCCUACCCAACCUGAACGCCUCCUACCUUCCUAUGAUGCCCGACGGCUCUGUGCUGCUCGUCGACAACGUUUGUCAUGAGUCUGGUGAGGUCGGCAUGGCGUCCUUCAGUCGUGUGGAGAGUCUGGCCUGCCACCUUCCCAGCAUGCUCAGCGCUUUGGAAGAGCAGGAUUUCCUGUUCCAGCUGCACUUGAACGAAACGCUGCCAGACGAGUCCAGUGAGGGCCUGGAGGUUCCACUUGUUGCUGUGCUGCAGUGGUCAACUCCCAAGAUGCCUUUCACCAACUGCAUCUACACUCACUACAGACUUCCCAGUAUCCGUCUGGACCAGCCGCGGUUCGUCAUGACGGCUGUUUGUCCCAGUUCCGUCAGAGUGAAGGAGAGGUUCAAGGUCAAAUAUGUUCUGCUGAACAACCUGCAGGACUUUCUGGCUGUUCGACUCGUUUGGACUCCUGAAGUAGGUCGUGGUCAGACUGAAGACUCGGCGCUGUCGGCAGUGGUUUGUCACACUCCACUCAGUAACCUGGGUCAGUGCCGGAGAGGAAGUACUCUUUCUUUCAGCGUGCCCUUCCAGAUCCUGAAACCUGGGUUGUACGAGCUGAGUCAGCACAUGAAGCUGAAGCUGCAGUUCACAGCGUCGGUCUCCAACCCAACGCCCGACGCUCGGCCGUUGUCACGUAAAAACAGCCCAUCCAGCCCUGCGGUCCGAGACCUGCUGGACCGGCACCAGGCCAGUCUGGGUCGAUCUCAGUCCUUCUCACACCAGCAACCGUCUCGCUCUCACAUCAUGAGCAGGACGGGCAGCGCCAUGGAGCGACGGGCCAUCACUCCUCCUGUUGGCUCUCCGGUGGGUCGGCCGCUCUACCUGCCACCGCAGGACAAAACAUUGCUGUCGCUAGAAAAGAUCGUGAAACGGGAGUGUAAGGUUCUGGUGGUCGAUCCAGUCAGCUAGGACCCGGAUUACCAGAACCAUUAAAAAAAUGGACCAAAGCACUGGAAACAGAAAACUACUGAGCGGGUAACAUUCCUCUGCUGGAUCAGUGGUUGUGAUCCAACACACGAAGUGACUUUGAUUAUUUAAUGUUUUAAUGUAUUUGUUUUUUUUAUGGUUCUGGAAGCUGAUCCAGUAUUAAGCUGUAAAGUCCUGACAUUUCCAAGUUCUACUGAACCAACUGAGUUUUCCCUCCAAGUCCAGUCGAGCUGAGAAUGCAGCUCAGAACCAGAGGGUCCAUAGCGGUCAGCAUCAAACUGCUGAUGAUUUCAUGCAUUUUCAGGGAAUUUUCCAGGGAAAAGCUGGAGAACCGGGACUGUGGGAUAAAGUGUUCCACGGUCUUGAUUUCAGUGUUACCAUCACUUCCGUUAACUAUCAGUGACAUUUGACCUCGCGGGUCAGUCCGACCCAGCUGCUGUUCCUGCUAACAGGAGUUCAAUAAACGUCUGUAAAACAA